GCUCACAUUGCAGAGCGAGCGCGCAUCUCAUUCCCAGCAACUGAGGCUGAAAGGGGAGUAGUGCAGAGCAGGAUCUGCGGCAGCAACCAAAGCUAGCUAGCCAGUAAACGAGUGCUUGACAUCACCGUAACUAGUAGUAAAUCAAACGAAAAUCACAAUAACUUUAUUUUGAAAUCCGUUUGUGUGUGUGGUGAUUUCCCCCCCCCCCCCCGCAAGAUCUGAAUUCAUCAUUUUAAACAAGCCAGGCUGCGGUUUCAGGUGUUUGCAAAUGGCCAGCCCCGGGUUAGAAGCAGAAGGAAACCAGCUCCAGCACCGGGACGCGUCUCACGAGGCUCGGAAAUGGAUCGAGGCAGUCACAGGCAGAUGUUUUGGAGAGAAGGGCUUUCGCAGUGGUCUAGAAAAUGGAAUCCUGCUAUGCGAGUUGUUGAAUUCUAUAAAACCCGGGCUUGUGAAGAAGAUCAAUAGACUCCCAACCCCUAUAGCAGGACUGGACAAUAUCACCUUAUUCCUGAGAGGCUGUGAAGAGCUUGGCUUGAAAGACACACAACUUUUUGACCCCAGUGAUCUUCAGGACACCUCCAUCAGGGCUAACAUCAAGGGGUCUGACUGCUGUCGAAAAUUGAAAAAUGUGUUGAUCACUAUAUACUGGCUGGGAAAAGCUACCAAUAGCUGUGCCUCGUAUAGUGGGCCGACGCUGAACCUGAAGGAGUUUGAGGGACUGCUGUUGCAGAUGCGCAAGGAGGCUGAAGACAUGGAGAGCCCCAAACGCAGCAUUCGUGACAGCGGCUACAUAGACUGCUGGGACUCUGAACGAAGCGACUCGCUCUCGCCACCUCGGCACGGCAGAGACGACUCCUUCGACAGCCUGGAUUCGUUGGGAUCACGCUCGCAGCAAACUCCCUCCCCCGAUGUGGUGAUCCGGGGCAGCAGCGAUGGUCGCGGUAGUGACUCUGAAUCAGAUGUGCCACACAGGAGGAUGCCGGACACGAGGAAAGAUGACAUGUUAGCCCGGAGGACAUCUUGCAACGAGCCCAGAUCGGCAAUGCCCUUCAAUCAGUACCUGCCAAACAAGAGCAACCACUCGGCCUAUGUCCCCACACCUCUACGCAAGAAGGCGGCAGAGCGGGAGGAAUACCGCAAGAGCUGGAGCACUGCCACGUCACCCAUUGGGGGAGAGCGUCCCUUCAGCCACCCCGAAACAAUCGAAGAAGAAAACUGUGAAGAUGACGGCAGGGCACCAUGCAAGAGACGUGCAUGGCCAGAGGAGGUCCCCAGAGCAGUGACGUCUCGGGUAGAUAAUGUUCAGUUUCAAGAAAUUGGAAGAACCCAGGCCCAAACUGAUGGGCCAAAAGAGAGCCUACAGCACCAGUGGGAGGGAAUGGAUGAGGAGGAAGUGAAAAGGCUGCAGAGGCUUGAGAAGGCUGGGAUCAGGGUCUUGCCAGCAUCGGUGCGCUACAGCAGCCCAAAGCCAGUCAUUGAAGAAAGCCAGUCAGCCCCUCUGGAUAUAAUCCUCCGUCGAGAUAACGACUUUCUAAAGCACCAGCAGGGGAGAGAGUCUGACUCGGAGGAGGAGGAGCAGGAGCAGAGACUGCCGGACAUCGAGAAGGAUGACCUGGCCUCCAGGAAAGCCAGAAUGAACCAGCUCAAACCCAAAGUUCCACACAACCAGUUUUUACCAAUGCCGUGCUCAAAGAGUGAGGAAAAAUGGGAGAACAUAAAGAAAGCCACCCACCGCAUUACAAGCAGCUCACUAGAUAGGCAACAGCAAGGAGUGACCAGUGAGAGUCAGGCCCAGGUCCAGUGCCCAGGCCCCAGUGAGAUCCUCACGAGGAGAGAGAACCCCUUCCUAAAGCCCGUGCAGAAUGACUCUGAGGAGGAGGGGCAGGGGGGGCAGGUGACAGUCCCCAAUGUGCAGAGAGAUGACCUGGCCAAAAGGAGAGCUCAGAGUGGCCCUGCCCCCUACAGAGAGACCCAGCCCUUUGUAAAGGCCUCCAUUACACAGUCUGACCUGGAGAAAUGGGAGAGGCUCAAGCUGUCCACAGACACCAGUGAGAGUCAGGCCCAGGUCCAGUCCCCAGGCCCCAGUGAGAUCCUCACGAGGAGAGAGAACCCCUUCCUAAAGCCCGUGCAGAAUGACUCUGAGGAGGAGGGGCAGGGGGGGCAGGUGACAGUCCCCAAUGUGCAGAGAGAUGACCUGGCCAAAAGGAGAGCUCAGAGUGGCCCUGCCCCCUACAGAGAGACCCAGCCCUUUGUAAAGGCCUCCAUUACACAGUCUGACCUGGAGAAAUGGGAGAGGCUCAAGCUGUCCACAGACACCAGUGAGAGUCAGGCCCAGGUCCAGUCCCCAGGCCCCAGUGAGAUCCUCACGAGGAGAGAGAACCUCUUCCUAAAGCCUGUGCAGAAUGACUCUGAGGAGGAGGGGCAGGGGGGGCAGGUGACAGUCCCCAAUGUGCAGAGAGAUGACCUGGCCAAAAGAAGAGCUCAGAGUGGCCCUGCCCCCUACAGAGAGACCCAGCCCUUUGUAAAGGCCUCCAUUACACAGUCUGACCUGGAGAAAUGGGAGAGGCUCAAGCUGUCCACAGACACCAGUGAGGAAACCUCAAAGCCCCUUUGCCAGGCUUGCAUGGACAAGGGCCUGCCUGUAAUAGAGGCAGAGACUGCCGCUCUGGACGAUCUAGCCAGCCGCAGGGCCAGAGCAAACAGAAAGGCUCUGGGCAGCAAGCAACGUUUUGUACAUUUUGGCCCGGUGACGGAGAUAGAUCAGAAAUGCUGGGAGAAGCUCAGCAUUGCCAGGGCCGAAUCGGAGAGUGAGACGUCAGGAUAUGGAAGCCACAGUGAAGCUGAAGCCAGCAGAUGUCUUGUUUCAGCUGCUAGCUAUAGCAUUCAGCACAUUGAACAGGUCGCCAGUGAGCCUAAGCAGUCAUUCACAGCCGAGUGUUGCCCCAGGAGCUCUUCAUUUGUACAAGCGGUCUGUACUCCAACUCGACAAGAGUGGGCACAGCGGCCUGCUGAGACCCAAGAGGACAGUGAAGAGGAGGGACAGGAGGAGAGGCAGCCCAAUCCCGAGAAAGACGACAUGCUGGCACGCAGAACUGGGGCCUUCCAGAAAACAACCAGCAGCCCCACUUUUAACAAGUUCCUUCCUAUGCCUGCGUCCUUGCAGCCAAAGCAAGAGGGCCCCAAAGGGACUAUAAAAGAAGAGAUAAUAAAGCAGAGUAGCUCUGCCCUAUUGAGCCCGGUGGAUCAGUUCAGACAAGUGGCACCUGUGUCCACGGCAACAGUCGGUGUUACUACCAAGGAGAGUCCUCGAACAACUGGAACAUUUCUUCAGUUGAGGAAACGGGAGAUGGCAAAUGAAGAGGAGGAGCAGCAAGAGGAGGAGGCGGCUGUGAAAGAGAGCUUUCCAGAUUUGGAAAAAGAUGACAUGAUGUCUCGUCAUGCUCUAGUCUCCCACAGACAGACAGCAACUGCUGCCAGACAGUUCCUCCCAGUCCCAGCCUCUCAGCAGACUCGGACAAGUGAGGCCAGUCAGUUCCUCCCAGUCCCAGCCUAUCAGCAGACUCGGACAAGUGAGGCCAGCAAAGAUGAUGGCAAGCCACAGAGGAGGCCAUCUUGGUUAGAUGAUGAUCUCCCACCAACCUACAGCCACAGAGCUUCUGUAUCUGAUGAUGCAGAAAGUAUGAGCAUGAUCGACAUGAGGUGUGAGGAGGAGGCGAUCCUGCAGCCGCACAGCAAGGCUCGCUAUGAGCAUCUGCACAAUUUACACAACCGCCUACGAGAAGAGGAGGAUAAGUGGCAGGAUGACCUUGCCCGCUGGAAGAACCGAAGGAGAAGUGCCUCUCAAGACCUGAUAAAGAAAGAGGAGGAGAGGAAGAAGGUGGAGAGGCUAAUGAGUGGCGACAGGGAAUUGUCAGAAAGGAGGAAAAGCAUCAAGACCUACAGGGAGAUUGUCGAGGAAAAGGAACGCAGAGAGAAGGAGCUUCACGAGGCCUACAAAAACGCGAGGAGUCCCGAGGAAGCCGAGACCAUCCUGCGACGCUACACUCAGCGCUUUACAGUCAGUGAGGCCGUCCUGGAGGGGCUGGAGAUGCCAAAGUUCCUUCAGAGGAGUCUGUCUGUGGACUCGGACACCCCUUUGUCCCCCACAAAGGAGGCCUCCAACCCCAUGAAGUACCUGCGGCAACAGUCCCUGCCAGCCCCCAAGUUCACAGCGACCGUGGAGGCCACCAUCUCAGUGGUGCCUCAGCCUCAAGUCAGCCCCACACAGAUCUAUCCCACUCGAACUGUUUCAACCAAGGCAGUGCCUAUCCUGAGCCCCAAGCCUUAUUCUCAGCCCAAGAACUCCCAGCCAGGACUGCGGUCAUUCACAGUGGAUGGGGUGGUUAGAGUGAAUGGAGAGGCAUUCAGCGGAGCAGAGGAUGAAAGGGAAAGUACGUCGGUAAAGAUUCCCUCCACCAAAUCACAGGGGAUUGAAAGUACAGCCAGGAUGAAUACAGCCCCAGUGAAAUCACAUACGCCUCAAGAGAAUACCGAGGUUAAUACAUCACUGGCAAAGUUCCAUUUGGAGAGCAGGGUCGAUGCCUGUCCAGUCAGUUUCGAUGGCUCUCCAGUCAGAUCGCCACAGCAACCCGGGCCGGAUAAAUCCUCAGUAAAUUCACAGAAAGAUACCUGUGGAAUGGACUCUGCAUCAGAAAGGCCAACAUCACUUCUAACUGUUCCGUGCAGAGAGAACCUUGUGUCUGAAGAUCAAGGGUUGGAGACCGAGUCGUCACAAAAAGAUGAGGAGCGUGCUGUUCAGGCCUUAGAAACUCUGACCAGGUCUGUUGAGAGCAGUGUGGUGACUGAACAGAAGGAUGAUGAUAAUGAGAACUCUCCUAGAGAAGGACACAUGAACUGUCAGAGCACUGUUCUACUGAAGACAGUACAGUACUCACCGACAACAAAGAGACCAGAACAGAAACUAGAAGAUGGUUUUGACAAUGUAGCAUCAGAGAAGAGGCAAGUGAGCCCUGCUGAAAUCCAGACUUCAUACCUGCCAGUUAAACAAGAUUCUGGCCUGAGUGAGGGAAAUGCAAAUAUCCCAGUCCCUCCAGUCAAUCUGUCCAAACGCAAUGACUACUGGUCGUGGGACCCAGAGGAGGAGCGCAAGCGUCAGGAGAGAUGGCAACAAGAGCAGGAACGCUUGCUUCAGGAGAAGUACCAGCGUGAGCAGGAGAAGCUGAAGCAGGAGUGGGAGAGAGCCCAGAAAGAAGUGGAGGAGGAGGAGCGCAGGUACCAUGAAGAGGAACGUAAGAUUCUUGAGGAGACGGUGGCCCCUUUGACACCCCGUUCAUCCAUGCUGUCCUCCCCCAGCCGCAGUGAGCAACCUCUUCUCCCGCUGGACCUCGGGGGCCCCAUUGUGAUGUCGCUGGCAGACUGGGAACGCAAGCAGGAGCUCCUGGAGAAACAGGCGCAGAGGUCUAAGGCAGAAGCUAGUGCAGAUGAAAAGCAAAGUGAAGGCACUUAUCAGCAGGCUGUCCCUAAGGAACAGAAGCCCACUGUGAAGACAGAAGAACAAGUGAAAGUGACAGAAAGUUCACACUCCCAGAGUGUCUGCCGCUCAGAAACACAUGCCCAGAGCCAGAAACACGGUCAAAAGCUUCUUUCAGACAACACUAAUCCGACAGCAUCCAAACUUGAGUUCAUUCCGGAUGCAUCAUGGGACAACAAGCAGCCCCUUAUGAAGCAGCCAGAGGAGGUCUGGAGAAAGACGGCCUCUCUGGAUAGAAGCUGGAGUCAGACCGCUGUCACAGGAGGAAUGAAAAAGUCUGGGUCCUAUGAAAAUUUAGGAACAACCCCAUCUAAGUCAUCUUCAUGUUCACCUAAUCUUCAAUCCCAGUCACCCAACAGGUCUAUCAGUGGAAAGAAGCUGUGCUCCAGUUGUUCCCACCCCCUUGGAAAAGGCGCUGCCAUGAUCAUUGAGACACUCAGCCUCUACUUUCACAUCCAGUGCUUCAAGUGUGGGGUCUGCAAGGGACAUCUAGGUGAUACAACCACAGGGACGGAUGUCAGGAUUCGCAAUGGUAUUCUCAACUGUAACGAGUGUUACAUCAGAUUCCGAACUGCUGGGCAGCCCACAACAUUGUGACAUCAUCAGCUUGAAACCGGUCGACAGGAAGAGUGACUGAGAAGACUUCUCUUGUUGACAGCUGUACCAGACCUUUCCUUGUGGAAAUACUUCUGUCACAUUUCAUAACCUGCCUUUGUAUUUUCUGACAGCUAAUAGCUGACCUCCAAGCUAGACUUAAUCAUGACAAGCAUAAUAUUUCAGAAUAUUAUGCUUGACAUAAUACUUCAAGUGUUGAGUAUUCUCUACUAAAAUCAACAUAUGUAUCUACUGUUAUAUGACUUGUAUGCACUAGUUACUUGGUCUAUAUACAAUAAUAUUGGAACUUGAAGAUGCAAUAAUUAUAUAUUACCUAUCUUAUAUUUAAGAUAACGCAUAGUCAUAAAUAUGUACAUUUUAAUCGGGCAAACUAAAAGUGAAGAGAAUUCUUGUUGAAUUUAUUAGUCCAACUUGAAGUAUUUCACAUUUUAUGAAAACACUGGCCAAAAAAACUGUAAUAUGCUAAUGGUAGAAAAAAGAAACAUUGAAAGUUUCAGUGAGAGUAAAAGGUAUACAGCAAUGCUGGUUGAGUAAUUAUUGCACCUUUAGUUAAUCAAAUUGUUUGUUACUCGCUGCCAUUCAGAAAACCAUUCAUUUUGACACUCCAAUCAUGUUAUAUUAACAAAGCCAGCCUGUCUGGUUUGAUAUUGGUUGACGAGGACGAAGUUAGAAUUGGUAAAGCAUCUGCAGUUUCAAUACUGCAACUCUGGUAUGAAAAGUGUGGCCAACAUAAGUGAGGAUGUCAAAAACAGUUUAAACGUUUCUAACGUCAAAAAUAUAUUGUAAUAAUAAAAGAAAAAAGAGCUGUCUUUUUGUUCGGGAAGUUAACGACUUGCCAUUGAAAUGUAAAUUUGUAUUGCUGCUGAAAUUUCUAAUUUCAUUUAAUUAACUAAAUAUUAUCCUUUGUUUCCAAAUAUAGUAUUUACGAUUUUUUUUAGUUGGAGCACUUAGCUUAGGCUUCAACUUUACUGUUCUGUUUCCCAGAGGUGAUUUCUAGUCUCCAAAUCAUUUUGGACAGUACCUGUUAUUUUGAACCAAUUUAAGUAUUUAAUCUGCCUUAAAAUAUAAUAUUGCUUAUGUUAAAAAAAAAAAAAAAAAAAAAAAAAAAAACAUUUUUAUUUUUGUGCACACACAAAUAUAUUUCCAUGGUUAUUUUACGUGUCAAAGCUGGUAAAUAUAUAUUUUUUCGUUUUCUUUAAGCAAUAGAUUUCUAAGUUAGCAAUAAUGUAAUGCAUUUACACAGUAGGGAGAGGAUUUGCAUGCUUGCAGUGUUCAUGCAGAGAUGUAUUGGAAUGUUUGUUUGGCUUUUUGUUUGGGUGUGUUUUCGAACCAUUGUUGGUGUUUCGUGUUUUCGAACCAUUGUUGGUGUGUUUUUUUGGGUUUUUUUUUGUCUGUUUGUUUUUUGUAAUUUGUAGCUUUUUUUGUUAGAACAUCAUCCUUGAGAUUUUAUUGCAUUAAACUUGUGCCUUAGAAAAUGCAAGCGGUUGCACACAAAGUGGAAAGUUGGGUCUAGAGCAAACCCAAAGACCAUGGCUUCAGGUCAAGUAAGCAAUUGAGCAGGGCUGCAGUCUGGAAGAAAUUUAAAAUGUUACAACGCUGUCAUAGACUAUGAUACAUUACUGCACCCAGCAUGUGACAUUUACCACUUUUGAAACAAAUGUUUAUAACAAAAUGAAUUCCUACAUUGCUUGUACAGCUUAUCAUUGUGUGGAAAAUGAUUACAUGUUACUUUGUAUGUAAUAGCACAUCCUGUAUUUGUUUCAUAGCCCCAUUUGUAUGCUUUCUAAUUGUUUUGUGAAUGCAUUUGAAUUCAUGAUAUAUAUAUAUAUAUAUAUAUAUAUAUAUAUAUAUAUAUAUAUAUAUAUAUAUAUAUAUAUAUAAUUUGUUUGUUUGUAAACUCUGAAGCACAGUUUUAUCAGCAUUUAAUAAUCAACCACAGUCCAUGCAGUAUGUGAUCCACCAGCAUAGAACGCUGUUGAGUGCUGUGAAGCCUGUAGCUGCCAACACAGAGUCCAUGCCUUGCUGAGGAUAUUCUGCUGAGACUCUGUUCAAUCUAGGUAUACGUCCCUGUCUGGAUUAUGCCAAGUUUAGCAGAAGCAACAUUACAGUGGUGGUUAUGUUAAGCAUUGUUUCUUUCUAUUUUCUGUAACUUGCAGUAAGAUUGCAUUUGGUUUACAGUAUAUAUCUAGCUACCCACUCUCAUGUUUGUUUCCAUCCUUAGCAUGUGUAUUUCGCUAGAAUAAAGGUAUGAAGGGAAUAGGGGAGUCCAUCGAUGAUGAACCAGACAAAGACCCAGCCCAUUGUAUGGGGUCUAAUGUCGAAAACCAUAAUGAUACCUGUGUUCAAGUUCUAUAUUUAUUGUGAUAUUCCUCUAAAAAACAAUUGAUUUAAAAAAAUGGAUUUUAUAGUAAAUGUAUGUUUAUAAAUAAAAUGUUUAAAAUUUGCA